AUGGCAGGCGAGCUGACUUAUCGCGACAUCAUGAUGCUUUGGUACUAUGGCGUCAAGCCAUCCUGGGUCAUAGCCGUCGUCGCAACCUUCCUCUUCAGCUGCACCACCUUGGUCCACCUUCUCAUACUCUUCCGCCAGCAAGCUUUUUUCGCCUUCCCGCUCCUUGCCGGCUCCUUGUUCGAAGUUGUAGGCUAUGGGUUCCGCGCUGCUGGCCUUCAUGAAGACAUUCCAGAUCCUUCGACAUAUGUGACAUACAGCACGUUGAUCACUCUCGCCCCAGGCUUUAUCGCAGCAAGUCUAUAUCAACUUCUAGCGCAUAUCAUUCUCGCAAAUGGUCGUGGUGGCCGUACCCAACUGAUCACAAAACUGGGCUUGGGAUGUGGGUUUGGCAUUCUUGAUGUCCUUGGUUACGCACUUCAAGCUGCUGGCAUGUCCAAACUCCAAACCGGUCCCUUCGGCCACUCCCCCGCGAACGAGCUCCUACAACAUGUCCGCUCCCUCCUCCUAGCCGGCAACAUCAUCACGUUGAUCAACCUCACCCUCUUCACCGCCCUGACAAUCUACUACCUGACCGUCCUCCUCCUCCGCUGCGGCUGCACCUCCUCCUCCUCCUCCUCCUCCUCCGACCCCGGCCUCAUCUCCCACACGCCCUUCACCAUCCUCCUCCUCUCCCUCGGCCUCCUCUUCAUCCGCACCAUCUACCGCACCGUCGCCGCCUCCAAGGGCCUCGUCGACGAAUGGGGCAAAGACGCCGCCGUCUACCCCCUGCGCGUCACCCCGCUGUUCAGCGAGCGCUGGAACUACGGCUUCGACGCCUUCAUGGUGUUCGUGCUCGUCGUCGUCUGGGCCGCCUGGUUCCCCACCAGGGACCGGCUCGGCGAGGACGACGAGGUGGGCACCGGCAUGCAAUCUUCUGCUGGGGUUUGGGCUGCAAGUUGGACUGGUGGGCUCCUGCGUGCGGUGAGGAGGUGGUUUGGCCGCAGGGAGGAGCGCGGCAGGAAUGUGAGGAUGGAGGGGUUUUCGCGCGCUUGA